CUGCUCCGCGGGCCCGCGGCGGUGUGGAGCGCGCGGGGUCCGGAAACCCCGGGGAGAGCCGCGCGGCCCCUCAGGCCCCGCGCCGCAGGGAGGCCGCCGAGGCCCGGCCCUGCGCCGGUGCUGCUGCUCCACCGCCCCUCCUGUGCUGCAGAACUCGUCUGUAGGCUGGAUUUGGCAGAAUAGAAUACCAGGCUCCUGCAGGAAAGUUGUCUCUGGCAAAAGGAAACAGGAGGCAGUCUUCCAGAAGGACAAGGUUGCUCUUAGUUGCAAGCAGCCUGUAGUGAGAAUGCGAAGUGGUUCUCCAGCAGAUCAGUAGGAACAGCCAAGGAGAUGGCACAGUUUUAUCUGGCCAGUGUGGGUCUGUAUUCUGUGACAGCGAAGCACCAAGUGGAGGUUGUUACUAUAGCAGGAGUUGAAGGUCUGACAGGACACUUAAGAGGAGGUGUCUGGAGAUAUCCCUGAUUUGCAGAAGCAUCUCAAAAUGUUGUGUCGAGCUGCUCUGAGCCCUCUUGUCCGUUCCCCUGGAUGGUGCUUUAUGUCAUCGCCACAUGCCAUCGCAGCCAUUUCCCGUUUAUAUCUCCCUUGCCAUAACCAAAGGUUAAGGAAUGAAUCCAUCCGUUGUUGGAGCAACAUUCCAUUUAUCACCGUGCCACUCAGCCGUGCACAUGGAAAAUCAUUUGCACACCGCAGUGAGCUGAAGCAUGCAAAACGGAUUGUAGUAAAGCUGGGUAGUGCUGUUGUUACUCGAGGAGAUGAGUGUGGCUUGGCCCUCGGGAGACUGGCUUCUAUUGUAGAGCAGGUCUCAAUGCUGCAAAAUCAGGGCCGAGAGAUGAUGAUUGUCACCAGUGGGGCUGUAGCUUUUGGAAAGCAGCGGCUGCGCCAUGAGAUCUUGCUUUCUCAGAGUGUGAGGCAAGCACUUCAUUCAGGCCAGAGUCAGCUAAAAGAUAUGGCCAUUCCGGUCUUGGAGGCCCGAGCCUGUGCAGCAGCUGGACAGAGUGGACUAAUGGCUCUGUAUGAGGCCAUGUUUACACAGUACAGCAUCUGUGCAGCUCAGAUUUUAGUCACCAAUCUGGAUUUCCACGAUGAGCAGAAGCGUCGCAACUUAAAUGGCACAUUACAUGAGCUUUUAAGGAUGAAUAUUGUCCCUAUAAUUAACACUAAUGAUGCAGUUGUUCCACCUCCAGAGCCUAACAGUGAUCUGCAGGGGGUAAAUGUAAUUAGUGUGAAGGAUAACGACAGUCUGGCAGCACGACUGGCUGUGGAAAUGAAAACUGAUCUCCUGAUUGUUCUUUCAGAUGUGGAAGGACUCUUUGACAGCCCUCCAGGGUCUGAUGAUGCAAAGCUUAUUGACAUAUUCUACCCAGGAGACCAGCAGUCUGUAACAUUUGGAACCAAAUCCCGAGUAGGAAUGGGUGGCAUGGAAGCCAAGGUGAAAGCAGCUCUGUGGGCCCUGCAAGGAGGCACUUCAGUAGUGAUUGCAAAUGGAACCCACCCAAAGAUCUCAGGUCAUGUCAUCACAGAUAUUGUAGAAGGGAAAAAAGUUGGAACUUUUUUUUCAGAGGUAAAACCUGCAGGCCCUACUGUAGAACAGCAGGCUGAAAUGGCUCGAGCUGGUGGCAGGACCUUGGCGGCUCUACAGCCUGAGCAGAGAGCAGAGAUUAUUUAUCGUCUUGCCGAUUUACUAACAGAUCAGAGGGAAGAAAUUCUCUUGGCAAACAAGAAGGACUUAGAGGAGGCUGAAAAUAAAGGGAGAUUAGCACUCCCUUUGUUGAAACGCCUAAGUCUGUCUACUUCAAAGCUAAACAGCUUGGCUAUUGGUCUGCGUCAGAUUGCAGCAUCCUCACAGGACAGCGUCGGCCGUGUAAUUCGACGAACUCGAAUAGCAAAAGACCUGGAUUUGGAACAGGUUACGGUGCCGAUUGGUGUCCUUCUCGUGAUCUUUGAAUCUCGUCCUGACUGUCUUCCACAGGUGUCUGCUUUGGCCAUAGCCAGUGGAAAUGGCUUACUACUUAAAGGAGGAAAAGAGGCAGCACAUAGCAAUCAUAUCCUUCAUCAUCUGACACAAGAAGCACUCUCUAUUCAUGGAGUCAGAGAUGCAGUGCAACUGGUGAACACAAGAGAGGAAGUAGAAGAUCUCUGCCGUUUGGAUAAGCUGAUAGAUCUCAUCAUUCCACGUGGUUCAUCACAGCUAGUCAGGAAUAUCCAGAAAGCUGCUAAGGGAAUCCCAGUGAUGGGUCACAGUGAAGGGAUCUGUCAUGUGUAUGUUGACACGGAUGCCAGUGUUGAGAAGGUCACACGAAUAAUCAGAGACUCAAAGUGUGAAUAUCCUGCUGCCUGUAAUGCUCUGGAAACUCUCUUAAUUCAUCGAGACUUGCUGAGAACCCCGUUGUUUGAUCAGAUCAUAGACAUGUUAAGAGUAGAACAGGUGAAGAUUCAUGCUGGCCCAAAGUUUGCAUCUUACUUGACAUUCAGUCCUUCAGAAGUGAAAUCUCUGCGCACAGAAUAUGGGGACCUGGAGUGCUGCAUUGAGGUGGUGGACAGCGUUCAAGAGGCUGUUGAACAUAUCCACAAGUAUGGAAGUUCCCAUACGGAUGUGAUUAUCACAGAGAAUGAGAAAACAGGAGAGUUCUUCCUCCAGCAUGUGGACAGUGCUUGUGUUUUCUGGAAUGCCAGUACCCGUUUCUCUGACGGCUAUAGGUUUGGACUUGGUGCUGAAGUGGGAAUCAGUACUUCACGUAUCCAUGCACGUGGACCAGUGGGAAUCGAAGGACUCUUAACUACGAAGUGGUUGCUGAGGGGGGACAAUCACGUUGUUUCUGACUUUUCAGAGCAUGGGAGCAUGAAGUAUCUUCAUGAAAGCCUCCCUCUCCCUCAGAGAAAUGCCAACUGAAAACACUGGGGAGAAAACCCAGGGUAUAAUUAUUUCCUGAAGUUGUUAAGGCUUCAGGAUAAUCUCUGGUGAAGGAGUUUGUUUUUCAUCAUCAGAAAUAUUGUCCUUGGUCAUUUUGCAGUACAAUGAAUACAAAACGGUCCCAUCAGUGAGAAUUCUUCCCCUCCCUCCCUUUCAGUUUCCUUAGACAGUAUCUGCAAAUUCACUUCUCCCAAAGACAGAUUUUUUCAAAUCAUAUAGGUAAUAUAAGGAAGGAUUUCAGUAUCGACUACAUUCCUUUUUUAUCCCAGUGCUCCCUGUAGCAACUAUGUUUGGUGGUGGAGUUUAAUUUUUUUUUUUUCCUAAGUUUUGUUUUAUUCCAGUAUCUGUUCUGGAGAACAGACUCAGUAGUUUUGGUUUUGAGGGUUUUUCUUCAGUCUUAGGAUCAUGGCAUCUCUUGAGGGCUGGAAAGCUUUAUGCUUAAUUUCUUUGUAUUUUAUCAGUCUUGAGAUAGGGAGACAGAUGUUCCAAAUGUAUAGUAAACUUUUGACCAAGAAACCUUUUAUAUCUAAUUCUUUGUAUUGUUGACUAUUGUAGAUAAAAGACAUCAUUGUCUGCUACAUUAAUUUUGUUACUUAUUUGUAUCCAAGGUUUAUUUUUCUUCAGUUUUAUAUAAAACUUACUCCAACAGCACUUUGA